CGCCGGCCGCCACCGGAGCGGGCUUUUGGUGGCUCCACAGGCAGCGAGCUUUCCUUGGAUGCUCGCGGCGGCGCGAUCAUGACCGGAAAGAAGUCUUCCCGGGAGAAGCGGCGCAAACGAAGCAGCCAAGAGGCAGCCGCGGCUCCCGCGGCCCCGGACGUGGUACCGGCCCUCGCCGGCAGCGGCAGUGGGAGCACCAGCGGCUGUGGGAGCACCAGCGGCUGUGGCAGCGUCAGCUGCUGUGGUAACACCAGCUUCACUGGGAGUGUCACGGGCGGUGGGAGCAGCGUGGAGCGCGGCGAGCGCAGGAAGCGGAGGAGCACGGACUCUUCUUCCAGCAUCUCGGGCUCCCUCCAGCAGGAAACCAAAUAUCUUUUGCCAACUUUGGAAAAAGAAUUGUUCUUGGCAGAGCACAGUGACCUUGAGGAAGGUGGACUGGACCUGACCGUGUCAUUAAAGCCAGUUAGUUUUUAUAUAUCUGACAAAAAAGAAAUGCUUCAACAGUGUUUCUGUAUCAUAGGAGAAAAGAAGUUACAGAAGAUGCUUCCUGAUGUGUUAAAGAACUGUUCAAUAGAAGAAAUUAAAAAACUAUGUCAAGAACAGUUAGAGCUGCUAUCUGAAAAAAAAAUCUUGAAGAUUCUUGAGGGUGACAAUGGUAUGGACUCUGAUGUGGAAGAGGAGGCAGAUGAUGGCUCUAAGAUGGGAUCUGAUGUAGUCAAUCAACAAGACACUUGUAUAGAUUCUACUUCAUCCCUGAGAGAGACCAAGCAACCUGAAGGAUUGGAAUUAAAACAAGGCAAAGGGGAAGAUAGUGAUGUACUCAGUAUAAAUGCAGAUGCUUAUGACAGCGACAUAGAAGGCCCAUGCAACGAAGAAGCAGCUGCUCCCGAGGUCCCAGAAAAUACAGUUCAAAGUGAAGCUGGUCAGAUAGAUGACCUGGAGAAAGACAUUGAGAAAAGUGUGAAUGAGAUUCUGGGACUGGCAGAGUCUAGCCCAAAGGAACCCAAAGCAGCCACUCUGACUGUUCCUCCUCCAGAAGAUGUUCAGCCUUCUGCACAGCAGCUGGAGCUGCUAGAACUUGAGAUGAGGGCGAGAGCUAUUAAGGCCCUAAUGAAAGCUGGUGAUAUAAAAAAAACAACCUAGUUAUUUAACUUGAAUCUGUGUUUGAGCAAAGCCAUGUCAUAUUUUGUAUCUGAAGUUUAUUUUGGGUCUUCUAUUUCACAUGUAACUCUUAUUUGAUAAAUUCAUCUUAGGUCUGAAAUACCUAUUUUUUUUGUUGUUGCUACUUUUCUAUUGUAUAUGUGUUACUGUUUUUUGAAUUCAUGGCGAAUACCUUUGGAUAACCUAGAUACUUUGUUAGAUGAGUAUUUAGUUAUGUCUGCAAGUUAAUAUCCAAAAAGCCAUUAGCAAAGAGAAGAGUCAUGGCAUUUUUUUUUUCUUUAUUCUUAAAUGUUUUGGCCACCAAAUCUAAAAGCCAAUAAAGAUUGCCUAAGCAUGUUGUUCUUAAGGCUACCUAUAUUUUGCAAUAGACUAUUAAAUUAUUGCUUCUAGAUUUGUUAACAAUUGAAAACUGUUCAUUAUGUUGCACUUACAACUAUGUUCUGUCUUAAAGAUGCUUUCUAUGAGUGUGGAUUUAGUAGUAAAAACUGCAUAACAGUUUUUGUUACAAGGCUUACAUAGCUGAAAUGGAUGAUUAAAAACUUAUUAAAGAAGAAAGGAUUUAUUAUAAGGCCGAUUUUUUUAACAAUGUAGAACUAACUGCCCAGCUUUAAUUCCAGCAGACAAACCAUUCUAGCAGAUUAUUUCAUAUUAUUGGACACUUUGUUCAGGUUUUUCCUUCAAUAAAAGGGGAACACAUUUUCAUUUACAUUCCAAGCUAUCACGAAAAGAAUAUUUGAUCAUAUAAGCUUUCAUCUGAUGUUUUUGCUUGAAGAUCUGAUGUGCUAUAAUUCCAUGAAUUAAAAAUAAUAAAGACUAUCAUUCUGGACCUGAAGACUUUUGAUACAUUUCCAAAAGCAAAAUUAAUUUCAGGAAGCUUUGAUAAAUUGAUGUUACAAUUAAUCUAAUUUUGUAUAGUUUUUGUAAAUAAAUUAACAUCCUGCCACAAUCACAGAUGCUUUUUGCCCCAUCACUAAUUACAGUUGUUUGAUACCAAAAUUAAUUCAGGGUAAAGACUCUUUAAGUAAAUUAGUUUUUCCUUUUUCUAAAAUACAAACCUGGAACUGUUGUUUUUAUAUUUGCUAGCAAAUGUAGUAUAUUUCAUUUAUAAACCAUGCUCUACUAAUGUUCUAUGAGCAUUUUCCUCAUACAUAAAACUUGCAGGGAUUGGAUUGUAUUAACUGGCUUUAUUACAUGUAAAUUCUAGAGUGUUUCUUCGGAAACAGUAUUUAUGAAACAUUGGAAUUGUGGCUACAAAUUUAUUUUGUUGUUGCUCUUGAACAGGCUUUUAAAUAACCCUAUUAUUUUUUCCCAUUGAAUUUUUCUAAUGAAACACUGAGGCCUGUAUCAUUUGAAUUACUUCUCUUAGGCUGGUAAAUGCAGAUAUGGUUUAAAUAGUGAGUUCUCAUUGUUCUGCUUCAAGAUGAAAAAACAUUGAUAUGGUAAAAUAAUUUUUCAAUUCCAAAUUAAAAAGUUAAAAUUACAUAGUGCAGAAUAAAUUUUAUUGCUAUUUCUGAAUUAUGAAAUGUCAUUAGCAUUUGUGUGAUAAAACAUCAUAGUAGAAAAAGGUCUGAGUGCUUUGUAGCUGAUGAUCUUCACUGCCGUUGUAAAGUGUUUUGUCCUUUUGAGUGUGUAGACUGAGUUAGAGUACAUUUGACUAGAGUGGAUAUGCGAGUGAGAAUGAGCUGAACGAAUUAAAGGCUACUGAGAUUUCUACCUUGGAAAAUCAACUUUUCCUUUUUAUUGGUUCUUUUUUCUUCUUUUUUAGUGGUGAAAGACAUGAGAUCUUUUUGAAGAUGAAUGGCUUUAGAAAAUAGAAAUAAGUUUGUUUUAGAAAUGCCUACGUAUGAAAAAAUACCAUAUAUUGAUCUGAUGCUAUCAUUUAAAUCAUCAGCUCCCACGUAUUUAUUGAAUACCUCUGAGGUGUUCAGUCUUGUUCAGAAUCUUAAACUCAGGGACGGCACAGUAUAGAUUUUAGCAUGGAAUAGACUGAUUAAUAAAGAUGGAUGCCGCUUCUUUAUUCCAAAUUCCUCCCUUUUGCCAAGGUAGGGGAAAUUUCUAGGCAAUGAUUCAUUAGCAAAUGAAACAGGAAAAAAGGCAGCGUAAUUUUUUUUAAUUGAGAUAACAUUGAUUUACAACACUGUAUAUGAUUCACAGGCAUAGGAUCACACCUCCACAGAUGCUUACCACCACACCACAUCCACCCCCAAGGCACCUACUGUCCUUCACUAUGGUCUGUUUUGCCUCCUCCUGUCUUUGUUUUAUCCGCCCCACCCCCUCCAUAUCUGUAGCCUCAGUUCCACAGAUUUCUGGGGUUUAUUACUGGUUUGUUACUAUAUGACACCUUUAUUUUGUUUCUCUGUAUUCCACAUAAAAGUGAAACCUAGUAUUUGUCCUUUCCUUUCUGACUUGACUUAGCUUACUUAACAUUAUCCCCUCCACUUCAUCCAUAUUGUCUCAAAUGCAAGAGUUCAUUUUUUUUAUAGCUAAGUAGUAUUCCGAUGUGUAUAUAUACCCCAUCUUUUACAUUUUUUUGAGGAACCUCUAUAUUGUUUUCUAAAGUGACUGUGCUAAUUUACAUGUCCACCAACAGAGCAUGAGGGUUUCUUUUCUCCACAUCCUUGCCAAUGCUUUUUGUUUCUUGACUUAGUGAAAGUAGCCAUUCUAACCAGUGUAAGGUGGGACUUCAUUGUGACCUUGAUUUGCAAUUCUCUAAUGAUAACCAUUAUCUAAAAGUUGUAGACUGUCUUUUCAUGUUUAUUGACCAUCUGUAUGUCUUCUUUGGUGAAAUGCAAAUUUAGAUCUUUGCUCAUUUUUUUAUUUGGGUUCUGUGUUUUCUGUUAAAUGAUGAGUUUAUGUAUUAUGGAUAUUAACCCCUUGUCUGACGUACAUGGUGGAAAUAGCGUCUCCCACUCAGUUGGCUUUUUUGUUUUAAUGAUGGUUGCUUAUGCUGUGCAGAAGCUUUUUAGUUUCCUAUAGCCCCAUUUGUUUAUAUUCUUUUGUUUCUCUGGCUGUUGGAAAUGAAUUCACAAAGACAUCACUAAGGUCAAUGUCCAAGAGCUUAUCUAAACCUGUUUUCUUCUAUGUAUUUUAUGGUUUCAAGUCUUACAUUCAAGUCUUUAAUAUAUUUUGAAUUGACUUCAGUAUAUGGUAUAAGAUAGUGCUCCAGUUCCACUCUUGUAGUUCUUCCAAUAAGCUGAAUUUUUCUCUUCUAUCAUUUUACUAUCUAAAAGAUUUUGUUGUUGUUGUUCUCUCAGUAUUUUCUCUUAACAAUAAUAGUAUUAUGUUCUUGUGUUUGUAGGACAAUGGAUCUACCCUAUUGUCCUGGUGACAAUGCACCUGUCCCGGUAGGCCAUGUCGGCAGAGUAUGAACCUCCAAAGGACUAAGUCUUUUUUUUUUUAAGAUUUAUUUAUUUAUACAAGAACUGGGGUACAGGCCAGAUGUGUGGGAGCAUGAGAUGAUUCACCAGAGACAGAGCGGGGAACAGAACAGGCAGACUGACAAAAUACACUGCUGAGGGGAGCAGCGGGCGAGACAGGAGGGGUUUGCUGUGCCAUGUGGGAUUCUCGCCGGCCGGCUGGGAUUGCUGCAGAGGCUGCGGACAGCUUCACAGUGUGGCGCUCAACUGCCUGUGCCACCAGGGAGGCCCCAAAGGACUAAAUCUUGAAGUAACAUCCUGUGUGACCCUCCUAGGAGCAUGACUAGAAAGGCAGUCACCAGAACUUUUUCUCAUCUGCCUUUCUUGAAGAAGACUUCCUGUCUUGCAGAGGGAUGUCUUGAGGCACAUUUUUCAUCUUCCUCCCUACUUCCUUGCAGACAUGAGAAGUUUUAUCUUACCCCUCUUAGCACGACUAUAUAAAGUUGAUUAGCUGCAGCAUGGCACAGAGGAUCCCACCGACCCUGUUGCAUUUGGUCCCUCUUGAUUUGGUGUCACCCUCACCCUGCACAAAGGUCAUGUGGACUUGUCACCUUUUCACCAUGGAUAUAAGUAAUAAGGUGUUUCAAUAUAGAAAAGAGUACAUUGUUUUUCUUUACUGCCUGAAUGCCUCAGACUUUCCUAGGCCUUUGUCUUGGCCUCAUGCUUGACAGUUUUGUGUGUGUAACCUUCUACCUCUCUGAGGAUUUUAAUUUUAGUGGUGGUUUUUCAAGUUUUCUUCUGCUUUUCUGCUUUCUGAUAAUUUUCUCAAAUUUCCUUAUAUCUGAUCAUGUUUGCUGGUUGCAUAUUAAGAGGAAGGUACUGAAAAACUUAACUGGAAACCCUGUUUAUGGAUGAGACUCAUUAAUUGGUAGAACUCACUUUUGUCUUGUUAGAAUUAAGAGCAGUAUAUCCUUUUAGAGGAGCUGAGGAUUUCUCCCUGAUGGCUUUUACUUCAUACCCCUGUUUCAUUCGGUUAACCCUGCUCUUAACAAACUCCUUGGUUUGCCUGAAUUUAGAAACUCAUGCUGCAAUUUUGCUAGUCUUCUGUGGAGUUGGAGAAUGAAUGGUUGCUUGUUUGGGUAAAGACCAGCUUUUCAUGUUCACCACCCCUCCACCCCCGUAGUCUAUCUUUGUAGGAACUUGGGAUCUUCAUAACUGAGCCUUACUUGGGUUUAUGUUUAGAAUCAACUUAUUUCUGAAUUUUAUCUUUUUGUAGGCCUUUAAGUUACAAUCUCCGUCUGCCACGUCAAUAUCACUUAUUUGUGUUCCAGCUUCCAAAAUUUUCUUGACCCAUCUAUACCUUCUAUUUCAUAACCUAUCUAAAUGAGUUAGUCUUUACUCUGUCAUUUUAGUGGAUUUUCAUAAGGGAGCAGUGGCAAAUACAGUAUUCAGUGUUCCUUGUUUAGGGAAAUGUUACUUAAUUUUAAAACUUUUUACUUCUGCCAAUCUUAUUUUUUUUUUUUCUGGAUAAAUCCAAGGUUAAAUUAGUGUAGCAUUUUAGUUUUCAAUAUACAUCCUUUCUUGCGGAUCUUUUGUAUCUUCAUCUUGAGUUAAAAAUUUUCUUGUUUCUCUAUAGGCAUUAUAUUGUGCUUAUUAAAUCCUGUGUUCCUUCUGUAGUGUAGUUUUCAUUUAUGAAAUGAGAUUUUUCUUUCAUCUCUAAUUCUUCCUUGAAUGCCAUCACCUCAUAUAAUUCCUGUUAUUUAUGGCAUGUCAUUUCUUAAUGACAUUAAUCUCAUUUUAAAAUACAAGAAUAGUUUUGAUAUGUUCUUGGAUCUUUCUGGUGUACUUUUGUCUGGAGGGUGGUUAUUCUCCUUAUUCUCUCUUUUAUUUCUACAUUAUUACAUAGAAUUUGACCUUGAUAUUUUUGUUUCUUAUUUUUACUUGAUCAUUUUCUUGAACUUUCCAAAGGAAUCUUUGAACUCAGAGUAGCUUUUCAGCCUUUAUGUUUGUUUCUUUGUCUGAUUUUUGGACACUAAUGUUUAAAAUAUGGUGGCUUGCUUUCUAAGUUUCCCUGGCUCUCUUCCCCUCCCCCACUUUGACUUAGACUUCUCUUUCCAUCCUGUUAACUUUCUCUGUUCCCAUUUUGAUUCCAUAACCAUUUUGAUUCCAUAACCACCUUAGUGCGUGACUCAGGUCUAGAAGGGAAUGCUGGGCAGUUUCAGGUGAUCUUAGGUGCUAGACUGCUCCAGCUCCUUUCAGACCUUGUCAUUCCUUGUGCCACCUGCUGAUCUUAGAGGCAGAACCCUUCCCAAGUUCAGUUGCUGCCCCAACUGAACUUUUCAUGAUUUCUAUUUUAAGUUUCUCCUAUUACCUAUUUGAUGCACAAUUGACUUCCCCCUGCCCUCUCCCAUAGAACUGCUGUUGUUAUGUAAGUAGUAUGACUCAUUAGUGGUUUGUUCUAAUCUGCUUAUAUUUGGGGUCUCAUAGGGAUACCUUAGUUUUGUUUUGAACAUUGCCCAGGGUUUUUGGUUUUUCUUUCUACUGUUCUGCCUUUUUUUGUGUGUAGGUAUUAAGAAAAGAUUAAAAGACUCUUUUGCUACUGCCACUAUCAUCCCAUGUAUUCACACUUCAGCAUAUACAAAUAAAAUGUAUUUUAUA